CAAACAAAGUAAAUCAAUCAGAAGAAUUUAAAAGUUUCUGAGAUAUGGGAAGCUUCUUCUACCAUGGGUUUUUUGUAUUCUCAUUGCUUAUAUUGCUCCAGGGAGCCACAAGUAGAUUAGACAAAGAAUUCUAUGUCUCCUGGGCUUCAGAUCAUGUUAGAUUCUCUAAGGGUGGGCAUAAACUGCAACUCACCCUGGAUCAAAAUUCUGGGUCAGGCUUUGCUUCAAAGAAUAAGUAUUUGUUUGGGAACAUUAACAUGCAAAUCAAGCUGGUUCCUGGAAACUCUGCUGGCACUGUGACUGCUUACUAUCUUUCUUCUGAGGGAGUGAACCAUGAUGAACUGGACUUUGAGUUUCUUGGAAACAAAUCAGGAGAUCCUUAUGUUCUUCAGACAAAUGUGUAUGCAAGUGGGAAAGGAGAGAGAGAGCAGAGGAUUUACCUCUGGUUUGAUCCCACCAAACACUUCCACUCCUAUGGUGUAGUGUGGACUGCUCAGCACAUCUUAUUCAUGGUGGACAGUGUUCCAAUCAGAGUGUUCAGAAACCACAAGGCAGCUGGGGUGGCAUAUCCAGACAAACAAGCCAUGGGUGUGUAUUCAAGUUUAUGGAAUGGGGACAACUGGGCAACUCAAGGAGGGCUUGUUAAGAUAGACUGGUCACAUGCUCCUUUUGUUGCAUCCUACAGAAAUUUCAGUGUUGAGUCAAUGGCAGCAUCAAUGGGAGAAGAUGUGAGAGGGGUGAGUACAGAGCAAUGGAAUAAAUUGCAGUGGGUGAAGAAAAAUUUCAUGAUAUACAACUACUGUAAUGACAAACAGAGGUAUCCUCUGCCUCCGUUAGAAUGUACUGCAGACAUGUAAACCUACAAAUUUCAUAGGUUUUGUAUCUACUAUCUUUGUAGUCAUGGUGGUUUAGUUCAAGGAGGAGUUUUUUAAUAUUGUUGUAUGCUUAUUCAGCAUGUAUUAACUAGCUUAUUCAGCAUGUAUUAACAGAGAUGAUAAUGCUGUUAGUAUAUUUCAUGAAACAUAUGUAAACGACUAUUUUGGAAAAUCUAGAUUUAUAUUAA